AUGGGUAGAAGCGGAUUUAUUCGCCGCCGGUCACCAAGUCCGACAUCUCGAUCUCGAUCUCGAUCGAGACAUCAUUACUCUACUCUGACGACGGAAUCGUACCAUCACAUUCGGGAACAAAGCCGUAGUCGGAGUCGGAGUCGGAGUCAGAGUCGUAGCGGGACGAGGUUCUAUCAUUCUCGUGCUCUGUUCCACCCUGAAUCAUCAAGAAAUUACUCUGACGAUUAUGAUCUUCGGAGACUGAUUUCGAGUCGAACCCACAACGAUGAUUACCGAUAUGACAGGCCAAAGUACGAUCACAAUUCCGAUCACCACGAGCCAGCGCCGUCGAAUUUCUACCGUUAUGAUCGUGUCGACCAUGAAUGUAAUAAUAGACGUGAUGGUUAUUAUCGGAGAAGAAGCUAUCGUCCACCAAGUCUAAGAGAGCCCAGAAAUUUCUCCAAUCCAAGGCAAUUAGACCCGGAACCAUCAAAUCACGGUUACCGCCGGAGGUACCAUCCAUAUUCUGAUCGGAAUCACUGGAACGAGAAUAACCCACCCCGGCCCAAGCCUAUUUCCGAUUACAAUCACCGGAGGUCGCAACGGCGGUGGAGUGAUCGGAAUCAGCAGACACCUCGCCGGAGCAGAACAAUUCAUUCUAAUCAUCGUUGCAAUCUUAGUCACCAGGAUCAGCAACAGUAUUACGAAAGCAGAACAAGAAGAAGGAGAAGCCACGGUCCAGCUCCAUGUGAACAAUUGUCCUCCUCAUUCAGGCGACAUGACAAUCGGAGAAUCCCCGCCCCAAACACAACCACCACCGUCAAUCCUCAUCCGCCGUCGGAAUUCGACCGGAUAAUCAAUAGUCCUAGUUAUUCCGACGAUGUGAGUUGUGAGCUUAGCCCAGGUCCUGGAUUAGACGAUUUCAACUACAGUCCACCUUUUUCUCCAAGUCCGUGCCCAAGCGCCCUGAACUCGCCUUACUAUGACCCGAAUUGUCCUCGGAGCUGCAGUCCGGUUUUCGAGAAUAGUCCCGACACUAGUCCCCGUAGCUCUCCCGGCCCGGCGGCCGCCCCUACACUAGGAGCUGGCGCAGAUCUGCACGCCCCGGCGCGGUUCUCCCUCGCCGGCCGGGGCGGUGGUGGCGCCAUUUUCUUCGCCGCCGGACGCUGGGGUGGCGAGAAAAGUCUCGCUAGGAUGAGAUAUCGCCUCUUGAGGGAUCUGGACAUCGGCAUGCAGUUACGCGCAAUCUCUUACACUCCUGGUGAUUCCAGUGUUCGUGUCGGCCCACAGAGUACUCUUUUUAGAGGUCACAGUACUACUCUUCAGCAUGCAGGCCCGCAGAGUACUAUUUUUAGAGGUCCCCCUCUGACUACUCAGCCUCGUUCCCAUUUUGGUGGCGCAUCCAUUGGUGCCUCUAUCCAUCCUGAGGCAGCUGCAUCGUCAUCAGGUACUAGCAGACGGUCUAAGUUUUCUACCCAAGAAACUGAUGAUUGGGUUGUGACGAACGACGUACCUGGCGGGCCAUGUGAUGGGUCAGUGAUUCCUAGUUUUCUUGGCCACACUGCUUAUCAGUUGUGGAAUGGAGAACCAAGAGAUUACCUGACAAUGAAGCCAGCGAAGAAGAGUUUGUCUAGAUUGCAUGGAUGGUAUGCGAGGUUGCCGGAGAACGCACAGUUGCAGAUUCAGAAUACCGGACAGACAGCUAUAGAUUACCUUGACUGGUACAGGAGCCAUUCACAUCCAUUUCUACUGCCGGAGUCCGUACCGUCUACAUCACGCAUCCCAGGGAAGAACUGCACCACUUACUGGAUGCGUGAGAUGGAGAGGUUGACUCGAGGUUGCAUCGACGAUUUGAAGAAACUCGAUCUGGGUCUUGAUGAGGAGUGGGAUACUCGCCUGGAUGAUGUCAUCUUCCGACAUAGUCAGGCCCCAUGA